GUUUAAAAUCAAAAGUCAUUUCUGUUCUAUAGUGUUGAUGGAAUUGUCGUACAUCAUUUAGUUAUACUCGCAAACAGACCAUUGAUAAAUCAAAAAAUUUCAAGCAUCUGCGAUGUUUCAGCAACGAUUAUUAGUUAAUAUUAAUCGAUAUCAACGAUUAAAAUUUUCGACAAAUGCAACGAUACCCCGUGAAUUUAUCAAAACAAUAAAACUUCGUACCUGUGUUAAUGUUUAUGAUGAAUUACGUUUACGAUUGCCUCAAUUUUAUUACAAAUCACCCACCGAAGGUGUUGAUAUAACUAUCGAUUAUGUUGAUACCCAACCAAAUCAAAAACCGAAAAAAACCAUAGUAGCUCUUCAUGGUUUGGCUGAUACUUUUCGAACAUACAAUCUAUUGUUCAGUCAUUUUCAACCUCGAUCAGAUGUACGACUAGUUAUGCCAAAUUUUCCUGAUUUCAGUCAAACACGUGCAACCAAUUAUAAAUUCUGGCAUUCAAGUGAUGAAAAAUGUCAUUUAUUACAGGAUUUAUUUCGCCAUUUAAAUAUUGACACAAUCGAUUGUAUGGUUGCUCAUUCGUUCGGAAGUCAACCAACUUCAGCAAUAUUGGAAAAACCACAGGGUUUACAGGUAAAAUCAUUGGCAAUGAUUGCACCACAAUUUUUCUUCGAUGGUAUAAAAGAAAAGUUGCACAAUAAUUCAAAAUUGAUGCUCAGAUUAUCGAAAUCCCGAAUUUUAUCUCGUGUAUUGCAUCGAAUGAAAAUUCAUCAAUCCAAAGGCAUACCUUUUAAGUUUCAAGAUAUUGAUGAAUUUUUUCUUUUAAAUACACUUCUUUUGGAUAUACAAGCUGUUAAAGAUUCACGGGCAAGAGUUCGAUUAAUGAAUGAAAAGAAAUUUCCUGGUUUUAUUAUGUAUUCUUCUGAUGAUAAAAUUAUCUCGAAAAAAGCUCAACAAGAAUUAUACCAAAUACUAAACAUUGACGAUGUUCAAACAAUCAUAAUCGAUCAAGAUAAUCCGAAAAUAAUUGAUACUAAUUAUUUGCUCAAUAAUCCAAUGAAAAAAUUCAUGGCAAAAGAUGGACGACAUUUACCGCAUCAAAAAUAUCCAAAUGUUAUAAAUUUUUUAAUUGAAAAACUUAUUGAUGAAUGAAUUUAUUUGUUUACAAAAUUAAAAAAAAAAUUAAUCGGAA